AUGUGUGGUAUUAAGUUGGAUUCAAAUAAGGAUAAUGACUCCAUAAAGGUUGCAGUAGAGAACAGGUCUGAAAUUGUAAAUAAAGGUAAUGAGUUAGGUUCCUCUGUUAAUUUUGCUGGAGCUGCUCUUCAUAACGUUGCUUCUACAAAUGUAACUUGUACUAUUUUACAAAUUGCAAAGAUUCGUGUUGUGGGAUCUAAUGGCAUACCUAUUGAAGAAAGAGCUUUGUUUGACAAAUUAAGGGUGAAGGCUGCACCACCAUUUACUGUAACUGGUCUCGACUUUGCUGGUCCUCUAUUUUGUGCUGAUUUUGGAUUGAAAAAGUUCUAUAUUUUGUUUUUCACGUGUGCUGUAGUCCGCGCCACACAUGUAGAGCUUACUGACUCCAUGAGUGUCUUUGACUGUAUGCUUGCAAUUCGCAGAUUUAUUGCUCGUAGGGGCCUUCCAUCAGUGCUGUACUCCGAUGAUGCUAAGACCUUUGUUGCAUGUGUCAGUGAAUUGCAAAAGGUUUAUGGACACCUGUCUCCCCACUGGAGAUUUAUAGUUCCAAGGUCUCCUUGGUGGGGAGGUUGGUGGGAACGUUUAAUAAGAUCAGUAAAGUUUGCUGUUCGAAAAACUUUAGGUGGUAAUUAUAUUUCCAGGUGUGAAUUAGAAACGACCUUACAUGAAGUUGAGGCAUGUGUAAAUUCCAGGCCUUUGACUUUUGUUAGUGAUGAACCUGAUGCCCCUGUCCCUUUAUCUCCCUCUCAUUUUCUUAUUGGGAUAAGUACAGGUUUUCAAACUCCGGUGAACACUGCCCCUUCUUGUAUUUCAGCUAAGGAUUUAAGUGAUAGAGAAAUCUUAAGAAGGCAGAUCUUAAAUAAGUUUUGGACUGUAUGGAGCAAUGAUUAUAUCAGGAAUUUACCGUGUGUUGUUAAGGGUUUCACUCCAAAUUGUGACCUGAAAAAGGGCGAUUUAGUGUUAGUGAAGGAAGAUAAUUUGCCCAGACUGCAUUGGCCCUUGGGUGUGAUAGUUGAUGUAUUUCCAGGCAAAGAUGGACUUAUUAGAAGUGUAAAUGUAAAAACUUCCAAAGGGGUAAUUACCAGGCCUAUACAAAGACUACAUUAUCUGGAAAUUUCAAGUUUUGACUCUGAAGCUAUAACAGAAACCAUAAAUGUAUCCAUGCCUGAAUCCCCUCUUGAGAAAUCUAAGCCUGUAUUCCCUCUUGAGUACUCUGUUGAGAAUCGCACCCGAUCAGGCCAGAUAACUAAGGUCCCUAAGAAGCUAGAUUUGUGA